GUAACAACAUUCCCUAUAGGUGGCAUUCUACUGGAUGCCAAAACCCACCGUCAACCAUACCCUCUGACAUCGUCGCCCACGGAUUAGACACGCCACAAGCCUCGAGCUCUGCUUCGAGUCCCCGUCCUCAUCCCCAUCCUCAUCCUCACCCCGAUCCUCGUUGCCGUCGUACUAGCCGUAGUCGUCCGAUAUGGUGUUACCUGUUCCUUUGAUACGACUCCGAUGUGGGGUGAAUUCCUACGACUGGGGCAAGAUCGGCUCUGAGUCUGCCGCAGCUAGAUUUGCUGCGGCGACGCCGUCGGAUACCUUAGCCAUCCAGCCCGACAAGCCGUACGCCGAGCUAUGGAUGGGUACUCACCCCUCGAAUCCCUCUAGGGACUUUAACUCUGGUCGAACCCUUCACGAGCUCGUCGAGCAAAAUCAGAUGUUACUGGCGCCUUCUAUAAAAGCGAAAUACGGCACCAAAUUGCCCUUUCUCUUCAAAGUGCUCUCCAUCAACAAGGCUCUCUCCAUCCAAGCACAUCCCAAUAAGAAGCUUGCCGAGCAAUUGCAUGCCAAAGACUCCAAGAACUACCCCGAUGAUAACCACAAGCCCGAGAUGGCUAUCGCUAUCACUGACUUCGAGGGUCUCUGCGGGUUCCGCCCACUCGGCGAGAUCGCGCAUUUCCUAUCAUCCGUUUCUUCGUUACGAAAAUUAAUCGGCGACGACGUCGCGGAGGCCUUCAUUACGACUGUCAAGAGCCAGGAGGGGGAUACUUCAACCGAGUCGACGGCGCAGAACAAGAAAGCCCUCCAGUCUGUCUUCUCAGCCCUCAUGAAGUCACCGGAAGCGGAGAUCUCGUUAGCUGCCGACGCACUCGUCUCGGAAGCCGCGAAUAAAGGCAGUGAAUUCGCCGAUGGGGGGGUCGAGUCUACGAGCGGUGUGGUCAUGUCCGAGUUAAUCGUUCGGUUAAACCAACAGUUCCCGAAAGACAUCGGCCUUUUCGUUCUGUUCUUCCUCAACUUCGUCAAGCUUUCCCCCGGGGAGGCCCUCUUCUUGAAAGCCGACGAUAUACAUGCAUACGUAUCGGGAGAUAUUAUUGAGUGUAUGGCGGCGAGCGAUAACGUCGUCCGAGCGGGGUUCACGCCCAAAUACAAAGACGUACAGACGUUAGUCGAUUUGUUAACGUACGAAUACGCUCCUAUCGAGGAACAGAAGAUGUCGCCUACCGAAUACCCCUACGUAGUGCUCAACCGUGCCGCGUACAGUUCUGGCUCGGAGGCGAUACUAUACGACCCGCCGAUCGAAGAGUUCAGUGUGAUCAGAACCAUCCUCAAGGGCGACAAGUCGAAGGCCACCUUUGAUCCCGUCGACGGACCGAGUGUCGUGAUUUGCACCGGUGGCAAGGGCAGGAUAAGCGUGGGGCCGAAGUCCGAAGAGAUCAAGGAAGGUUACGUCUUCUUUGUCGGCGCCACCGCAGAGCUGAUUCUAGAGUCGGAAGGUGACCAAGAGGACGAGUUCACAACUUUCAAGGCGUUUUGCGAGGUCGAGGACCACAGCAACGGGGCACAGCUGUGAAAACGAAAGGAACAGAAAAGGUAUCUUGCUGGGGAGAAUGGAGUAAUAAGCUAAGCAUAGCGACACUAGGGGACCGUUAUGUCCGGGAUAUAUGUGAGGCGAGGCGAUACGCUGGGAUCUCCAUAGAGUGCUCCGGGCGGGGAGGAGGGCUUGAACGAUACAUUUAGCCGAGUAAAAGAGAGAUACCGCUGCCGCCCGUAAUGUUCGCCGAUCCGGCGUGCACGACAGAGACAUCGAUUCCCCAUUAAAAGUUGAUUCUGACCACCCCCCAUGCCCUUAUGAGCAAGGUUGCCCCCACAGCCAGAGUUGAUACGAUAAUCCACAGAGCGACGCUUAGUCUUGGGAGACAGCAAGGUUGCGUCGGCCUCACCAUGUCCUCGUAGAGAAAAGAGA